UUUCCUGCCUUUCUUUGAGCUUGAGGAUUCAUUAAAAUGUAUUGCAGUUUAAUCAGGGGCGGAUCUAUAUUCAAUGUAAUGGGGUCAAUUAACCCCACUAAUUUUGUAAAAAAAAAAAAAAAAUCUCAUAGAAUUAUAUAAUAUGAGAAAAGUGAUAUAAUUUGUUAGUUUAUAAUUAAUUAUAAUACAAUGUAUUUAAUUUUGACUUAAUUUGAACCCACUUAUAUAAAAUGCUAUAUUCGACACUGCUUUUAAUAUCUUGACAAUAUUUUAUAAAGCUUACUUACCAAUAUUUUCUGUUAAAUUAUUUAUUCUAUUUAUUUAGGUCGGACCUAUAAUGGUAUGCAAGUAAUGCACAUUUCAAUUAUGUAAUUGAUCCAAAUGAACCUUAUUGUUGAUUAUUUUUACAUAUAUGUGGGCUAUAUCUUUAAAGAUCUUGUCUUCUGUUAAAGAAUUAUUGUAUGAUAUAUAUUAAAUCUCUAUUUAAUAUAUUCUUGAGAAUCUAUAAAAAUAAAGGGCUAAAUCAACUUCACCUUCUAACAAAACAAAUGUCAAUUUUUCUGAUAUUGCAUCGUUUGGAAAAAGUCAUACCACCCUUCAUUCUCUCUUCCACAUUUAGUGCCUAGCCUGCAGUUCUCACCUCAUAAUUUUUGGAUGUCUUUUUUCAAACCAUGAUUUCUUUGGGAGCUAAUAAACUUAGCAAACGGGUCGUAUAAAUUAGUUUUUGAUCGGACAAAUUAGAGACUUUGUUCAAACUGAUCAAUAGUCCAAUUUGAGGCUGUGGCUUAGGAUUUGCUGCAUAGAGAUGCUUUGACAAAUCCCUCUCUUUGAUAUAUAUCUUUCUUUCUGUGGGUUGGGGAUUCAAGAAGUUAACUAAUGAUUUGUUGCUGAUCAUACCUUGAUAUUCGAUAAUAAACACAAUUUCGUAGAAAUUAUUUUAUGCGAAAGAGUUGCAAAUAUGGCAUUUACUGGAACUCUUGACAAAUGCAAGGCUUGUGACAAAACUGUCUAUUUUGUGGAUUUGUUAUCAGCUGAUGGGGCAACUUUUCAUAAGUCAUGCUUCAGAUGCAGCCACUGCAAUGGAACACUCGUGAUGAGCAACUACUCUUCGAUGGAUGGAGUCCUCUACUGCAAAACUCACUUUGAACAACUAUUCAAAGAAUCCGGAGAUUUUCGUAAAAACUUUCAAACAGGGCCCAAGACAGAUCGCCAAUAUGAGCAGGGCAGGACCCCUAACAAACUCUCUUCUUUCUUCUCUGGAACCCAAGAAAAGUGUCCUGCUUGUAAUAAAACUGUCUAUCCGUUGGAAAAGAUAACAAUGGAGGGAGAAUCCUACCACAAGACAUGCUUCAGGUGUGCUAUUGGAGGGUGUUCUCUUACACACUCAUCCUAUGCUGCUCUCGACGGAAUCCUCUACUGCAGGCACCAUUUCCAGCAGUUGUUCAUGGAGAAAGGAUCCUACAGUCAUGUAAAGGCUGCUGCUAAAAAGAAUGCAUCAUCUUUAGUCGAAGCAAGAGAGGACGAACCAGAAGCCAAUACAGCUGAGCUAGUAGUCGAAGCUAAAGCCGCAGUAGAAACUGAGACAAUUCCUGCAGAUAAAACCGCUGAAGCAUAAUCUUAAAAAAAGGAUUUUAAUAUCAUUUUAGCUCCUAACCUCAACAGCUUUCUUGUAUGGAUUUUACUGGCCUUCGGGCAUUUCUAAUCGUUUUUAGCUCCCAAAUGAGUCAGGAAAUUUUCCCUUAGUCACAGAAAUUUCAACAAUGUAAUUUUUAAUUUUAUUGACAUGUUUGGCCAUUCAAUUUGUCAUGGUGAACUAGUGUGUAGCCCGGGCGUUACACUGGGUUGCUACUUUAAUUAUCCCUUGUGAUUAUAUGUAUUUGAUAUUUAUAAUGUCUUUUUUUUUUUUUUUUUUUUUUUUUUUUUUUUAAUUAGACCUUGUGAUUAUCAGUUAUAUACAUUUAUUUUCAUGUUUAUAACAUAGUUGAUAAAUGGCUUAGAUGGUUUAAUAACCAUCCUUCUUAUAAGAGAUUGGGUGUACGAAUCCCUUUAUCAUCAAUUUUAGGUGACUUGGCGUGGUUUACGUGGCAUAGAGACGUUUUUAGUAACGCCUUUUAAUAUAUUAGUAUAGAUAUUUCUUUCUUUUUUUGUAACACUUGAGAUAAUUUAUAAGACAUUUUGUAUUGUUUAUA